AGUGAGCUUCCGUUUUCCGCUCGGCUCCCGCCCCGCUCCGCCAUCAUCCGGUCCUGAACAAUAAAGAGGAUUAAAAUAAAACCAAUAAAACAGUCAUGGGACCGCUGGUGUCUGACAACAACUUCAAAUUAAUCCAUUGACACCAUAUAUAAUGGUUAAAUAUGAUGGAAAACGAGAGCGGCGGAAUAUCAGGGUUUGCUGAUAAGCGGUUCAGCAGUUUUUUCAUUGACAAUCAGCUGAUGUUCAUCUGGAGCUGAGGGAGGGAGAGAGAGAGAGAGAGAGAGAGAGCGCGAUAGAUAGAGGGAGGGAGGGAGAGAGAGAAACCAGCCGACUCGCGUGUCUCGCACUUGUGAGUCUUAGUUAAAAAAAAAUACGACGUGCCAUUUUCUCUGGACAUUAUGCGAUAAGAAUAUGGCUCGAUGUUCAAAUGAAGAUUGCUUGUGUUGACUGAAGAAAGGAGCAGCAUUUUUUCCCCCUCGUCAGGCCGGACACUGAGCUAGCUUUAGCUUUAGCUAGCUACAGCGGAGACACCACGGAGCUGGCCAUGCCUUCGAGUGUGCGGGCCGGGAGUCUGAAGGACCCGGAGGUGGCGGAGCUCUUCUUCAGGGAAGAUCCAGAGAAACUCUUCACAGACCUCCGCGAGAUUGGCCAUGGCAGCUUUGGGGCCGUGUACUUUGCCCAUGACAUCCGCACCAACGAAGUGGUGGCCAUUAAGAAGAUGUCGUACAGCGGCAAGCAGUCAAACGAGAAGUGGCAGGAUAUCAUCAAAGAAGUGAAGUUCCUUCAGAAGCUGCGGCACCCCAACACGGUGGAGUACAAAGGCUGCUACUUGCGAGAGCACACAGCAUGGCUGGUGAUGGAGUAUUGUUUGGGUUCAGCCUCUGAUCUGAUAGAAGUGCACAAGAAGCCAUUGCAGGAAGUAGAGAUUGCAGCGAUCAUUCAUGGUGCUCUGCAGGGCCUGGUGUACCUCCACUCCCACAACAUGAUUCACAGAGAUGUGAAGGCUGGAAAUAUCUUAUUGACUGAGCCAGGGCAAGUAAAAUUGGGAGAUUUUGGCUCUGCUUCCAUCGUGGCGCCUGCCAAUUCCUUUGUAGGCACACCCUACUGGAUGGCUCCAGAGGUGAUCCUGGCCAUGGAUGAGGGCCAGUAUGAAGGGAAAGUGGAUGUGUGGUCACUCGGCAUCACUUGUAUAGAGCUGGCGGAGAGAAAGCCUCCCUUAUUUAACAUGAAUGCUAUGAGUGCCUUAUAUCACAUUGCUCAGAACGAAAGCCCAGUCCUGCAGUCUAAUCACUGGUCGGAUUAUUUCCGAAAUUUUGUGGACUCCUGUCUACAGAAGAUUGCCCAGGACAGACCUACCUCUGAUGUGCUGCUCAAGCAUCAUUUCCUGUGUCGUGAGCGUCCUCUGACUGUGGUGAUGGAUUUGAUUGCUCGCACUAAAGAUGCUGUGAGAGAGCUGGACAACCUACAGUACCGCAAAAUGAAGAAGAUACUCUUCCAGGAAACGCACAAUGGUCCUGCUGCAGAGGGCACUGAGGAGGAGGAGGAUGUGGAGCAGUACAUGCUGCGCACAGGCACGGUGAACAGCAUGGAGAGCUCGCACUCCCUGCCCUCCAUGUCGAUCAGCGCCAGCUCACAGAGUUCUUCGGUGAACAGCCUAGCUGAUGGCUCGGAUGACAGUGGUGAGAUGGCCAUGAUGCAGGAGGGAGAGCACACGGUUAGCUCCAACAGCUCCGUAUUGCACAAACCACUGAGCCAUGAUAACAUCUACGACGAGCCCUAUCAGCCCGAGGUGGACUCUCAGCAACAGGGUCCGUCCGGAGGAGGAGGGGGCGGUGGAGGGGGUAGGCGACGUCGCGGCCGUGAUCACUUUGCCACCAUCCGCACGGCCUCACUGGUGACGCGUCAGAUCCAGGAGCAUGAGCAGGGUUCAGCACUUAGAGAGCAAAUGACUGGCUACAAGCGUAUGCGCCGCCAGCACCAGAAGCAGCUGAUGGCCCUGGAGAACAAGCUGAAGUCUGAGAUGGAUGAGCACCAGCUGCGGCUGGACAAAGAGCUUGAGACGCAGAGGAACAACUUCAGCAGUGAGAGUGACAAGUUCAGCAAGAAGCACCAGGCCAUACUGGAGAAAGAGGGUAAGAGUGCUUCAGCAGAGGAAAAGAAGUUCCAACAGCACAUCUUGACUCAGCAGAAGAAAGAGCUUACUACUCUUCUUGAGUCUCAGAAACGCCAGUAUCGACAACGCAAAGAGCAGCUCAAGGAGGAGCUGAAUGAGAACCAAUCCACACCAAAGCGGGAGAAGCAGGAGUGGCUGGUGCAGCAGAAGGAGUGUCUGCAGCAGCACCAGGCUGAGGAAGAGGCCGGCUUGCUGCGUCGCCAGAGACAGUAUUAUGAGCUGCAGUGCCGCCAGUACAAGAGGAAGAUGCUGCUGGCCCGCCACAACUUGGAGCAGGAUCUGCUCAGAGAGGUAACGUGUGGACACAUACACACAGAACCUCAGAAUAAAGUGGAACUCAAUAAGAAACAGACACUGAAGGACCUGGAGUGUGCAAUGCUGCUUCGGCACCACGAGUCCACACAGGAACUAGAGUUGCGUCAGCUGGGUCUGGUGCAAAGAACACGGGCAGAGUUGAUUCGCACGCAGCACCAGAGUGAACUCACUAACCAGCUCGAGUACAACAAGCGGCGUGAACAAGAGUUGCGCCAGAAACACGCUGUCGAAGUCCGCCAGCAGCCAAAGAGCCUCAGAGUGAGUGAGCGUGAUGGCACGGAGAGCAGUGGGGAGGGUCCUGACAGAAAUGGGGAGGGGAUCGAGAAUUCAUGCAGUGGGCUGGUUGAGGAAAGUACGGAAGAGGUUUUUGAGGGAGUUGAGGUGGAAGAUGGGAGCAUGUUCUGUGGAGAGCACACUCCAUCUGUGGAAGAGAGUGCACAGGAGGCAAAGAGUGUGAGCGUUGAUGAAAGUGAGAAAAGAGAGAGGGAGGGUUUGAGUGGUGGGAGGGGUGAUGAAAGAAGCCAUUUGCAGCCUUUAGAUGAGCAUGGCCGAGAGAAAGAGGCUGAUGGAGGGACAGAAGAGGAGAUGAUGUUUUUUGAACAUGCCAAAGGAGAGAGCAUAGAUGACCAGUGCCAUGAUUUGGGGGAAGAAAAUAAAGAAUGGCAGUCGGAAGAGAGAGUGGAGGAGAAAGGAUUGGGGGACCAAAGACUAGUUGAAGGGCUGCAGUGGGAUAAGGAGGAUGAUGCAAGUAGUGAGACAGAGAUAGAGACUGAGGAAGAGGGAGAAGAGGGUAGAGGCGUGGCUGAUGGCUGUCCAUCAGAGCUUAUCCCUUCCUCUUCUCUUGAAAUCCCUCAACGAGAUGAGCUCUCCGAAUUCUACUUCCCUGACACUCUAGAGGAACUGGAACCUCCUCCUAUCCACCCUCCUCCCAGCAGCUCCAGUUCUCAAGCAUCCAUCCCUUCACUCUUUUCUCACACCAUAUGUCUUGUCCUCUCCCUCUCUGCAGCAGCCAAACCAUCCUUCCCAACCCUCCUCUUCCUCUCGAUAUUCCUUCUCUCCCUUCGCCGCUCUCCUCCUCUUCCCUCCCUUGCAUCUCUGGUUCUUUCAGCUGAGCUGGCCUUCCUGGCUCUCUUUUUCUCUUACCUAUUCCUUCGCUCACUCUGGUCACUUUCUCUUUCUGCAUUCUUCUCACUCGUGCUCUGGGCAUCGGGCCUGUUCAGCAUGGGCCUGGCACUGAGUCUGGGCCUCUAUUAUGUUCCUUUGGCCCUGAUCUCGGCUUUCUUCCUCAGCUCGCCCUCACUCUUCCUGUCUCUCUACUUAUUGCUGGUGCUGGUGGUGCGUCCAGUGCGCGUCUUCUUUCAGAAUGCACCUCGAAAGCUUUCCCGAUUCUGGGUGCGUCUGCUUUUCCGUCUGCCAAAGCCACUGUUCACGCUGUGUCAGUCCCUCGCAGGUGGCAUGGCUGAGCGCAGCCUCUUUGAUAUGUUCCCCAAAGCAGGACGUAAUUGUGGUGGUAGGCACUCCCGCAUACCUGUGCCUACCCGGAGCCUACCUACUGAGCUCCAGGCCAAGCGUGAGUCUUUGGUAUACAUUUGGGUCAAGCGCUUUGCUCGGCGUCCCUUGGGCGUUUUAGCAGAUCUGGCUAAUUCGCUAGUGCUGCGAUUAGCAAACCGAAUACUUAAAGAGCUUCCCCCACAUUACCUGAGCAGACUGAGGGCUUUAGGGCUUUUAAGGGAGGAGAAACCAAGCAGGCUUCCCCGACUCCUACCACGUGAAGUGAGGGAACAGAAGCGCAGGAUGAGGGAGAGGAGAGAGAGGGAGCGACGAAGAAGGGCACAAGAGAUGAUGCAUAGAGAGGAUGGGAGGUGGGAGAGCGGGCUUAGGAGGACAUCCUCAGGAAGGAGCACAAGGGGGAAGAUUGUGCCAUGGAGGUAGAUGGCAGUUGCAUUACCAGGGGAGCGAACAGAAGAAUUGCCAAAGUGUUUGCUGUCUGUGUGAGUGAGUGAUCAUUCAUGCUGAGCAUUCUUAUGUAUUUUUUUUCCCCCCUAUACAUUUUUGCAUGCUCAGGUUGAGCCUCAUAUGUUUACUGGCUUUAAAUCACUCCAUUACAUCUUGUCUGUCCAACUCCCAUAUUCACUAUCCAUCAAUCAGUGAAUAUAAAGUAUUAAUCAAGAUUGUGCUUUUUGUAAAAGUUUUCAUGUCUUAAUUUUAAUCUUUGAUUUAUUUUUAUGUUCUUAAUUACUAAGAAGUAUGUCUUAUGGUUAUUAUUUCAUGACCAUGUUUGUGCAAUUUUUUCCCCCCACCCUUCCUGUUUGUGUUGGUGUGCUUGUGAAAAGGGCUGUGAGAGAACAAUGUUCUAGUCCUAAGUCUGAAGCCAUAGCUGCAAUUAUUGUGAAAACUGUACUGUUAUUUAACAUUUUACACUAUGGAGCAACCCCCCCCCCCCCCCCCCCCCCACCGACACACCCAAACAGGCCAAACCACCAGCCCAUGACAUGGGGGGAUGACACUAUAUACUUUGCUACAGUUACUUACUUGCAGGAUCUGAGAGAUCACAAUAUUCCCAUUUGGACUGUGGUAAUAAUGACAACUGCCUUAAUGUUAUAGUGACUAUACUUAAAGCCUUACUCUAAAACAAAUCCCUAUGUUUUGUUUGUUAUUUGGCCCUUCCCUUCUCAAGAUAUGUAAAUUACUAGCAAGUGGUUCAAGAGAGUUUUCAGUGGAGCUUUUAAGGAAAUUGGAGUUCACCAUUUGCUUCAGAACAUAUUGAUGCUGUUAUAAAUCUGAACCGCUAGCCUGUUUUAAAGCUUGAUCAGCACAAGUCUGAACGAGAAAUGUUCUGUGUCUCUAAGCUUACAUGUAUACCUAUGCAUGAGAAUGCUUUCUGGUUGAUUUGAGUACUGGACUAAAUAGUGAAGGCAAUUAUUUAAUUAUACUGUUAUUGUGUCUAAUGGUAAUAGGUUUAAUGAUUUACCAUGUAGUUUGAUGGACUAGUGUCCAAUCCAGGGUCUCCUCCUCCAGAUUCAAUGCAACCCUGACCAGGAUAAACGGUUACUGAAGAGGACUGAAUGAAUGAUUUUACGAUUUAAACGGUUUAGUCAUAUACUUUCAUAUGAAGACAAAACAUUGUCUGUUGAACAGCAAAUAUUCUACAUGUAUCAAAUUGUUUCGUAAUUUGUUAAGCUGUUUUUGUCGUUACUGAGGCAACGCCAUUAUGGCAGCUCUGUGGGAUAUGCCGAUGAUGCAGAAUCAUACCAAAGAUCUCUAAAGCCAUAAAAUCCAUGAAAGAAACGAGACGUUUUAUUACUGGAUAAAGAUAUCUUGCACUCUUCUAAUCUUAAAUGGUCUCAAUAUUGAUUAAAACUUGAAGAAAAAAAAAAAAAGCAUUUUAUUUAUUUAAAAAAAGAAGGAAUGACCCUACAUAUAGUACAAGAGUAGAUGCAAAUCAAGGUUGGUUUGUCUUUGUUUUAUUUCAACAAAUUUGAACUGAUCUGAGCAAUGAAGAAGCAAAUUUGACCAAAUGUGAAGUGUUAUUUUUGCAAACCAGUAACAGUUCAGCCAUAACAGUUGUUUUUGAAUGUAAUUUUUUGAGAACAUUUCAUCUUUGUUUACACAUUCUGUUUUGUGCGUCUAUUCUUUGAAUCUGCAGUUAUUUAACUAAUAUAUUUGUGCCUAUUUUUUUUUUUAUUUUUUUUUUACUUUUAGUCAAUCACCUUGUGUUUCAAGGCCAUUUUGUGUGCAUUUCAUCCUCACUGUGUGAAUGAAUGGAUGUUCACUGUAAACAGUCAUUUUCUUAUUCUUUGUCAAAUAAAUUUUUUUCUGUUGAAAUCA